AUGGGGGUUGAUUCACUAGUGGAUGUGGAAUAUAGCACUAACAAUUGGAGGAAUGUGUAUGAAGCAAUCAUAAAUCCGGUGAAUGAGUUCAGGACUGCAGCUGAGCUGGUCGACGGUCUGACAGAGAUCCAUUUUGCAUCCGCCAGCAACCCGUCGUCCACCGGACAAGCCUCGUAA